AUGCGUCUCGAUGUUGUGAUUAAGGCUGCUCGCAUAGCCACGCAGUUUUCGUCUCAGUUGAAGGGCAAGCAGUUCCAUGUUGCCCACACGUCAGCUAUGCUUCGUUCUGCUCUAGCGGUUGAGGCCAACCAGACCGGUCAACGCAAAGGUCGUUUUGGCAGUUUGCUGCCCUUAGCCGCCGCCGUAGCUCUUAUUGGUGCUACUGGAGUGAUUAAUAUGGAUGACAAUCAUUUGGUUGCUAAAUGUGAAGGGGGUGCUGCUAAACCUGUGAGUCGUGAGGCUGUCACGCAAGCCAUGCUUAAGGAGGUUGUAGCUAAGCUCAAUCGUAUAGAGAGCGCUGUCGCUAACCCCCACCGUCAUACGGACGGUUUGAACGUCGGUGUGGAUGUUGUACUGGGUGCUCAGUGGGGUGACGAAGGCAAGGGAAAGCUUGUGGACAGUCUUUCUCAGUCGUACGACGUGAUCGUGCGGGUAGCCGGCGGCUCAAAUGCAGGCCACACUAUUGUGCACGAGGGCAAGAAAUACAAGUUUCACCUUGUACCCUCUGGUAUUCUCAACCCUGAUGCUGUGUGCAUCAUUGGUAAUGGUGUCGUUGUGCACCUUCCUAGCUUCCUUGAAGAGCUUGAGGGAUUGAAAAGGAUGGGUGUUGAUUACGAGGGACGUAUCCUCAUUUCGGACCGUGCGCACAUGGUGCUCGACUUGCAUCAGGAAGUUGAUGCUAUCAAUGAGCUGCGUCGUGGCCGUAACAAGAUUGGUACGACCAAAAAGGGCAUUGGUCCGGCUUACUCAUCCAAGAUGUUGCGCAACGGUGUCCGUGUGGGCGACUUGCGCUACUUUGACGACUUCUCGGAGAAGAUGCGCGACCAGGUCAAGUUCUACAAGGACAACUAUCCGGAGCUGAAAGCCGAUGCUGAUGCUGAGAUCAAGGUCUACGAUGAGAUGAAAGACAAGAUUUUGAGCAUGACCGAGGACACUGUCGCAUAUCUGAACGACGCAUACGUGUCGGGCAAGAAAAUUUUGGUAGAGGGCGCCAACGCUACAAUGCUGGACAUUGACUUUGGCACGUACCCGUACGUGACGUCGAGCAACCCAAGCAUUGGUAGUGUGUGCACUGGCGGUGGUAUCUCUCCUAAUCGGCUGAAUGGCAUCAUUGGAAUUGUGAAGGCAUAUUGCACGCGUGUGGGUGAGGGACCUUUUCCGACUGAGCUGCACGAUGACGUCGGCAAUCACCUGGGUACGGUGGGUGCCGAAUUUGGUACGACUACUGGCCGCGCCCGUCGAUGUGGCUGGCUGGACAUUCCUCAGAUGCGUUAUUCGAACAUGGUUAAUGGAUUUACGGAGUUGAACCUGACCAAGUUGGACGUGCUUACCGGUCUGAAGAAGGUCAAAAUCGGUGUUGCAUACUGGCACAAGGGCAAGAAGUUGGACGGUAUGCCAUCGAAUCUACAGCUGCUUGAGGACUCUGUUGUGGAGUACGAGGUGCUGGACGGUUGGUCGGAGGACAUCUCAAAGUGCAAGACAUUUGAUGAGCUGCCGGACGCAGCUCAAAAGUACGUGCUACGCGUGGAAGAGCUUUUGGGUACGCACAUAAAGUGGAUUGGUGUUGGCCCAGACCGCUUUGACUUGAUUACACGCCCGCAUCCGUUGGAAAAGGCUUAUAUUUCUAGCAAUUAG